CGAUAGGGAAAAGCAUGACAACGAUAUGAACGAAAGGAAUCAGACAGCAACCUUCUUAUUAGCCUCCUCCAUACCCUCCCCUUCCUCCUCCUCCUCCUCGUCUCCUCUUCUUCUCCUCCCCCUUGUCUCGAGAGCAAGCAAGAAGACGACUAGUAGCCGAUAGCUAGCUAGCAUGCAGCCGCACAAGGGAUAGAUAAGAGCCGGGGAGACAGAGAGCUUCUUCUUGUCCAAGCUUCAGAUCGAUUCCGGCCAGGCAAAGACACACACACACAUAUGAGAUAGUGAGGGGAAAUUUGCUGCUAGUUCCAACACCAGGCUACCAAAAGGGAAAGGUUUCCCUGUUGCCGGUGAGCAGCUGAAAGGGUGAAUCUGAGCGGCGAUGGCAUCCAAUUCAUCGGCGGCGGCUGUCGCGGCGCUGUUCGGGAUUAGGGAAGGGCACCAGCAGGACCAGAUGAAGCCGCUGCUCGCCCAGCACCAGCGGCAGCAUGUCGUCGCGCCUCCCAGCGCGCUGUUGACGGCGGGGCCAGACCAGGCGGCCGCAGCGGCGCCACCGGUGAAGAAGAAGAGGACCAUGCCAGACCCUGACGCGGAGGUGAUCGCGCUGUCGCCCAAGACGCUGAUGGCGACGAACCGGUUCGUGUGCGAGGUGUGCAACAAGGGGUUCCAGCGGGAGCAGAACCUGCAGCUGCACCGGCGCGGGCACAACCUGCCGUGGAAGCUGAAGCAGAAGGACCCGAACCAGGUGCAGCGGCGGCGGGUGUACCUGUGCCCGGAGCCGACGUGCGUGCACCACGAGCCGGGCCGCGCGCUGGGCGACCUCACCGGCAUCAAGAAGCACUUCUGCCGCAAGCACGGCGAGAAGAAGUGGAAGUGCGACAAGUGCGCCAAGCGCUACGCCGUGCAGUCCGACUGGAAGGCGCACUCCAAGAUCUGCGGCACCCGCGAGUACCGCUGCGACUGCGGCACCCUAUUCUCACGGAGGGACAGCUUUAUCACCCACAGGGCCUUCUGCGACGCCCUAGCCCAGGAGAGCGCGCGGCUGCCGCCCGGGGCCGGCCACCUCUACGGCGCCACCGGCGCGGCCAACAUGGCACUCAGCCUCUCGCAGGUCGGCUCCUCCCUCCACGACGCGCACGGUCAAUACCACCAGGCGUCCUCGGAUCUCCUCCGCUUCGGCGGUGGCGGUGGCGGCGGCAUGGCCGCCCGCCUCGACCACCUCCUGUCGUCGUCCAACGCCCCGUCCUUCCGCCACCUGCCACCUCCACAAGCGCCGCCCUUCCACCUCGGCUCAGCGCAGGAGUUCGUCGACGGGAAUGGAUCGCCCGCGUUCUUGCAUGGCAAACCGUUCCACGGCCUCAUGCAGCUCCCGGAUCUCCAGGGCAACGGCUCCGGCGGCACGUCGUCGUCGGCUCCUGGUCUUUUCAACCUCGGAUACAUCGCCAACAGUGCCAAUAGCUCCGGUACCUCCAGCCACGGCCACGCGAGUCAGGGACACAUGGCCAAUGACCAGAUCAGCGAAGGAGGCGGCGGCGGAGGUGCUGGUUCUGAGAAUUCGGGCGCGGCGUUCUUCAGCGCCGGUGGGAACUUUUCCGGUGGCGACCACCAGGUUGCUCCCUCGGGGAUGUACAACGAGCAAUCCGUGAUGAUGCCGCAGAUGUCGGCGACGGCGCUGCUCCAGAAGGCGGCGCAGAUGGGCUCUAGCACAAGCGCAGACGGCGGUGGCGCGUCCGUGUUCGGCGGUUUCAUGGGCUCGUCCGUCCCGCAGGGCCGCGCACCCAUGCUCGACCAGGGACAGAUGCAACUGCAGAGCCUGAUGAACUCGCUGGCCGGCGGCGGCAAUGGUGGCGGAAUGUUUGGCGGCGCCAACGGCCGCGGCAUGAUUGAUCCGAGGCUGUAUGAUAUGGAUCAGCACGAGGUCAAAUUUAGCCAGGGCCGUGGCGGCGCCGUCGGCGGCGGGGACGUGACGCGGGACUUUCUUGGCGUCGGUGGCAGAGGGGACAUGAUCAGGGGGAUGUCAGUGGCAAGAGGAGAGAACCACAGCGGCAGCGACAUGAGCUUCUUGGAGGCGGAGAUGAAGUCGGCCUCGUCGCCAUUCAAUGGAGGCAGGAUGCAGUGAAGAGCUUGUAGAAAGGCAAUGAGCUGGCUUGCUUAAGCUCGAUCCUGUAGUGAGCGAGUUGAGAUCUUGGGAUACAUCAUACAUCCAUCCAUGGAACAAGCUGUUUACACAGGUUGGCAUUUGGCAGCACAAAUCUUUUGACUUGAGAGAGCAAGGUUGAGAUUCCUCUACCAACUCGAGCCAGAACAACCGGAAUCGUGAGACGAGACUAUAUAUUUAGUGGCUGCUUUCCUGUUCAUGUUUUGUUACUGUAGUUGAACCUUGUUAAAUUGGGUUAAUUCAUACCGUCCAGAAGAGAUAGUUGCAUAUACCGUAAGGUUUGUAGCUCGCUUUGUGAGGGAUGAUCAAAAAUUGACCGCACCUAUUCAAUCUAUUUUGUUCUUGCUCUUUUUUCA